CCCUCACAGCCCCAGCUGUCAGCUCCCUUCCUGACUUCCCCACCCUGCCCCCGGUACCAUGGCGUCCAGCGAGGAGGACGGCACGGUUGAGGAGAAGGAAAACAACAACAAGAAGAGAACGAAAAGCGCCCUCGCUACCGCAUGGCUCACCUUCUACAACAUCGCCAUGACCGCCGGGUGGCUGGUUUUGGCCAUGGCAAUGAUUCGCUUCUACAUCCAGAGAGGCACACACAAGGGUCUGUACAGGAGUAUAGCAAGGACACUCAAGUUUUUCCAGACCUUUGCAUUAGUUGAGGUGGGACAUUGUGCCAUAGGGAUUGUGAGGACUUCUGUGAUUGUAACCGGGGUUCAAGUGUGUUCACGGAUUUUCAUGGUUUGGUUCAUCACCAACAGCAUCAGACAGGUCCAGAAUGAAGAAAGCGUAAUCCUAUUCCUGGUCGCGUGGACACUGACAGAGAUUACCAGAUAUUCCUACUACACAUUCAACCUGCUCCACCACCUGCCGUACUUCAUCAAAUGGGCCAGAUACAAUCUCUUCAUCGUCUUGUACCCUCUGGGAGUCGUCGGGGAACUGCUGACCAUUUAUGCUGCUCUGCCGUUCGUACGCAGAUCUGGAAUGUACUCCAUGAGGCUCCCUAACAAGUAUAAUGUGUCCUUCGACUACUACUACUGCCUCAUCAUCGUCAUGUUGUCCUACAUCCCACUGUUUCCUCAGCUCUACUUCCAUAUGCUGCGGCAGAGGAGGAGGGUGCUUCUCGGGGAGGUCAUAGUAGAGAAGGACGACUAGACAAGCCACCACCUCAUGCCUUCGUUUGAGCCAGCCCGCCUCCACCAUCACCAUCACCCUCACUUCCCCCUACUCCAUCUCCACCUCCAUCUUUAGCACCAAUCGGCCGUUACAUUCUUCAUAGCACGGGACCGGAAGAGCCGCACAGAUGACGACCCGUCUGACGAGAGCGAUCAUCAGGAAGAAAGGAGUUCAUCAGCACUGAGCAAUAAUAACUGAUCCUACGUCUUCACAGGAUUGAUUCCUAUCUGAAUGGUAAUAUUGGAAACAUGUUUACAGUCCCAGUGUUGCUGGAGCUUGAGAUAGAAGCCUCGAUGUUGUGUCUCAGCACAGAGUCCUUUAUUCGCCCACCAGCCUUACUGCGCCUUGUUGCACUGACAAACAUGAGCCACAACACCUGUGUGAAGGAGAGAAAGGUUCCAGGGAAAUGUGAAAUGAAACAUGAGUGGAAGAUUGUAAGUUGUGUCUCCUGAAGUGUCCCCACAACCAUCCCAAUUGGCAAUUUGAUUAUCUUCUAAGUGUAUUCCACCGCGGUGAUUUUAUAGAGUGGUUGUACAAAACAAGGCUUUAAAAAAGAGAAAAUAUUUAUAGUUUUAUCAUACCUCAACAAUAAAUCCACAUUUAGACAAUAUGCUGCUUCAUUUGUGUAUGUUUGUAAAUGAUGCAAUGUGAAACGAGCAGUUGAUAGUAUUUCUUAAAGAUAAUUUAUUCACAUACUGUAUCACUUAGAGCAAGCACAGCUCAAACUUAACCUUGUGUCUGCUUGGCUCCUGCAUUCUUCUAUGUUGCUUUGAUGUUUACUAUGUCAAAUUAAUUUACAAGAGUGCAUCUUAAACUAAUUUGAGUCUUCAAAAGAGUAGCAGCUUUUUCUAUAGGCCGCUGUAGGUGAGACUACAAUUCAGAUUUUUCUGAGCACUCGCAGUCUUCAGUCGCUGUUGUGUUUGUUUUUUAACAUAAAGAGUCUCAUGUCCGUGUUGAUACACAGGUAGUUAGAUUCCCUCCUACUAAAGGUGCUAUUGUAAGAUCAUUUCAAUCUUCUGUGCAGCUGAAGGAGUGACUGUGAUUGACCUACAGUAGGAAAACAGGAUGUGAAAUGAUUGAGAGGAAAUGUUGCAUAGCCCAUGGUUAUCUAAGAAAAUUAAGAUUUUUGCUUAUAAUCUGGGUCUGAGAGGAGAGAGACUAUAAAAGUCAAUGUCACAAAAAUCACUGGACAAGUUAUUUGUCAAGAACAAAACAAUAGAAAUGUGAAAAUACCUUUUUUGUGCAAAAUCAAUAAACUAAAUUCUACAA